AUGGCUGCUGAAACCUACCACAAGGAGGCCAUCGCCGGCCUCAAGGACUCUAGCCUGUUCAUUCAGGAUGCCUUCAUCGACGGCGAAUGGGUCUCCAAGGAGAACAAGUUUGACGUUUUUGAGCCCUCCACUGCCACCGUCCUCGGCAAGGUCGCCAACUGCGCCCUCGAGGACUUCCAGAAGGCCAUCAAGAGUGCCGAUGCCGCCCAGACCAAGUUCUUCGAGACCACAACUGGCACCAGCCGAGGUGCCCUUCUGAGGAAGUGGUACGAGCUGGUCCUCGCCAAUCAGGAGGAUCUCGCCAAGAUCCUCUCCCUCGAGAACGGCAAGACCCUCCCCGAGGCCCAGGGCGAGGUCAUCUACGCCGCCAACUUCAUCUCUUGGUUCGCUGAGGAGGCCACCCGCUCCUACGGUGUCACCAUCCCCUCGUCCUCCCCUCACACCACCCUCAUGACCAUCCGCGAGCCCGUCGGUGUCUGCGGUAUCAUCACCCCCUGGAACUUCCCCGCCGCCAUGAUCACCCGCAAGAUCGCUCCCGCCCUGGCCGCCGGCUGCUCCGUCGUCAUCAAGCCCCCCUCCGAGACCCCCUACUCGGCCCUCGCCUUCACCAAGCUCGCCGUCCAGGCCGGUCUUCCUCCCGCUACCAUCCAGGUCCUCCCCACCCGCGACCGCCAGGCCGCUACCGAGCUGUGCACCAACCCUCUCGUCAAGAAGAUCUCCUUCACUGGCUCCACCGGUGUUGGUAAGAUGCUGGCCAAGCUUGCUACUGGCACCCUGAAGAAGGUCAGCCUGGAGCUCGGCGGUAACGCCCCCUUCAUCGUCUUUGAGGAUGCCGACCUUGACCUCGCUGCCGAGGGCGCCAUGUUCUGCAAGUUCCGAUGCUCUGGUCAGACUUGCGUCUGCGCCAACCGACUCUACGUCCAGAAGAGUGUCGCCAAGGAGUUCACCGCCAAGCUCGUCGCCAAGGUCAACGCCCUCAAGAUGGGCGGCGGUCUCGACAAGGCCACCACCCAGGGCCCCCUCGUUAACAAGUCCGCUGUCGACAAGGUCAAGGAGCACGUCGCCGACGCCACCUCCAAGGGCGCCAAGAUUGAGACUGGCGGCAGCACCCCCGACUCCCCCGGUUUCUUCCACCAGCCCACCGUCCUGUCCGGUGUUACCCAGGAGAUGGCCGUCGCCAAGGACGAGACCUUCGGCCCCCUCGCCCCCAUCUUCGAGUUCGACACCGAGGAGGACGCCAUCCGCCUGGCCAACGACACCGAGUUCGGUCUUGCUGGUUACUUCUUCUCCAAGGACGUCAGCCGCGUCAUGCGCGUUGCCCAGAAGAUCCAGGUCGGAAUGGUCGGUGUCAACACCGGCAAGAUCAGCGCCGCCGAGGCUCCCUUCGGUGGUAUCAAGGAGAGUGGUUACGGAAAGGAGGGCAGUCUGUACGGUCUGCAGGAGUACCAGAACAUCAAGAGCAUCACCAUUGGUAACCUGAACGGUUAA